GGCUGGGGGCCGGGGAGAGGCCUGGUUGCGCCGAGGGGAACAAGCGCCUGGAGGACCUCCCGCCCGCUCCAGGCCCUGCCCCUCCAAGUCCCCAGCACUGCGCCAGGCCCCGCCCCUCCGGGCCCUACCCUACCGUUCCGGGGCGCGCUCCCCGCCCCGCCCCGCCCCGCCCCCGCGGCCCCGCCCGGCGGCCCAGCCCCCGCCCCCGCCCCGGGCUCCCCCCACUCAAGCCUUUUUCCCCUGGCUGGGGGCGGAGACCCGGCCGGGAGCCGAGUCCGGCUGCGUGGCUCGGGCGGUGCGUGUCUGCAGCUGCUCCGGGUCCCCCGCCAGGCGCGCCGUACUCAUCCCCGCCGCCGGCCCCCGGUGCGCCCGGCCUUCUGCGCCCCCAGAGCUCCCAGCUAGCUGGAACCUGUGUCCACAGAAUGCUGUCCAGUUUCAACGAGUGGUUUUGGCAGGACAGGUUCUGGUUACCGCCCAACAUCACAUGGACACAGCUGGAAGACCAGGAUGGCCGUGUCUACCCUCACCCCCAGGACAUGCUGGCAGCCCUGCCCCUGGCGCUGGUCCUCCUGGCCAUGCGCCUCAUCUUUGAGAGAUUCGUUGGCCUGCCCCUGAGCCGGUGGCUAGGUGUGCAGGAUCAUACCAGGAGGCAGGUGAAGCCCAACGCCAGACUAGAGAAACACUUCCUCACAGAAGGCCACAGGCCCAAAGAGCCCCAGCUGUCCCUCCUGGCUGCCCAGUGUGGCCUCACACUGCAGCAGACUCAACGAUGGUUCCGGAGACGCCGGAACCAGGAUCGACCCCAGUUGACCAAGAAGUUCUGUGAGGCAAGCUGGAGGUUUCUCUUCUACCUGUCCUCCUUUGUGGGCGGCCUCUCCAUCCUAUAUCACGAGCCAUGGCUGUGGGCACCAGUAAUGUGCUGGGACAAUUACCCAGAGCAGACCCUGAAGCCAUCCAUGUACUGGUGGUACCUCUUCGAGAUGGGUUUCUACCUCUCACUGCUAAUGAGGCUGCCCUUUGAUGUCAAGCGCAAGGAUUUUAAAGAGCAGGUGAUGCAUCACUUCGUGGCAGUCAUCCUGAUGACCACCUCCUACAGCGCCAACCUGGUGCGCAUUGGCUCUCUAGUGCUGCUGUUACACGAUUCCUCCGACUACCUGCUGGAGGCCUGUAAGAUGGUCAACUACACGCAGUAUCGGCGAGUGUGCGAUGCUCUCUUCCUCAUCUUCUCCUUGGUCUUCUUCUACACCCGCCUGGUGCUCUUCCCCACCCAGAUCCUCUACACAACAUACUAUGAUUCCGUCAGCAACAGCGGCCCCUUCUUCGGCUACUACUUCCUGAACAUGCUUCUGAUGUUGCUGCAGCUGCUACAUGUGUUCUGGGCUUGCCUCAUCCUGCGCAUGCUCUAUAGCUUCAUGAAGAAGGGCCAGAUGGAGAAGGACAUUCGUAGUGACGUGGAAGAAUCGGACUCCAGUGAGGAGGAGGCGGCAGCAACCCGGGAACCUCUCCAGCUAAAGAACGGGGCGGCUCGUGGGCCCAAGGCAGUUCUUGCUGACGGCCCUCGCAGCCGAGUGGCCAGGCGUCUGAACAACAGUCACACAACGGCCACAUAGCCAAGUGGGGGUUGGCCAUGAGGGGCUGCCCCCAGCGCCUUGGAUAUUUCUGGGGUGAUGGGACUGGCAGUCCUGGGGCCACCUUUCCGGAGACAGGGAGGGCCCCACCCAGGGUGGGCAGGGAGGGCUGAUGAUCUGUCUCCUGCCCCUUCCUUCGGCCCACCCACCCUCCUUCCCACUGGGCAACUGGACAGAGCUGAGAGGCAGCAGCUGGAUGUCUCAGCUGGCCACAGACACCUCCGGGCUACAGCCUGCAGGGGGAGCCCCAGGCUGAAAAGGGUCCAAUAAAACAUAAACGGAGCCAUAUUUUCUGCCUGAGAACUUGGGUCCCCAUCAAAGGCUCCUUCUUCAUCCUCAGAGACCCCUGAGGGAACCAGACCUCUACUUACAUAUCCCAUUGAUGUAAGGGCCCCCCAGGGGCCCCAGACAGCAGCAGAGCCCGGAGACCCACCCCCUUGCUGUUCCCAGAUGAGCCCCUGACUCCCCAGCCAGGGCCUCGAAUAAGCCUCUCCCUGCACCCUUAGGGUGCCCUUGGUCAGCCUUUCAAAGACCCCCUUACAAACUAGCUCUGAAAGGUCCAGUCCUUUGCGCAAGGUCACACAGAGGUCAUGGACCAAGCAGAAGAGAUGCUUAGGCUCAUCCCUGGCAUCUCCCUUGGGACAAUGGAAGGACUGGGGAUAAAAUCCCACGGGCUUCCCAAGGGUUAGCCUGGAGAAAGUCACCAUCUCUUAAGCUCCCAAAAUAAAGAAACGGAGGCCAGGUGUGGUGGCUCACACCUGGAAUUCCAGCACUUUGGGAGGCUGAGGCAGGCACAUCACUUGAGGUCAGGAGUUCCAAGACCAGUCUGAGCCUGAGCAACAUAGUAAAACCCCAUCUCUACUAAAAAUACAAAAAUUAGCUGGGCAUGGCGAUGCAUACCUGUAAUCCCAGUUACUUGGGAGGCUGCUGCAGGAGAAUCGGUUGAACCUGGGAAGUGGAGGUUGCAGCAAGCUGAGGUCACACAACUGCACUCCAGCCUGGUCCACAGUGAGACUCUGUCUCAAAAAUAAAAAGGAAGUUGGACAACAGAAUUGGAGAGAAUGGGGGGGGGUCUGAUCUCACAUACAUUACUGAGGGGAGUAUAAAUUGCUACCAACACUGGAAAAACCAUUCAGCAUUGUGUACAAUUGUUUACCUUUUAUAAAGCUCAAAAGCAACCCAAAUGAAAUAACGUUGCAUAGGCAUGAAUGCCUAGCUAGUAGACCUAUAAUAAAAUAAACACAGGCUGGGUGCAAUGGCUCACAUCUGUGAUCCCAGCACUUUGGGAGGCUGAGGCUAGCGGACCACCUGAGGUCAGAAGUUCAAGACCAGCCUGGCAAAACCCUGUCUCUACUAAAAAUUACCCAGGCACGGUGGCAGGCACCUCUAAUCUCAGCUACGCAGGAGGCUGAGGUGGGAGAAUUGCUUGAACCCAGGAGGCAGAGGUUGCACUGACCCGAGAUCAUGCCACUGCACUCCAGACUUGGCAACAGAGCCAGACUCGGUCUCAAAAAGUAAACGUGUAAAGAAACCAGGUGUGGUCGCUCACCCCUGUAGUCCCAGCACUUCGGGGAUUUAGGCAAGAGCAUUGCUUGAGUCUGGGAAUUCAAGACCAGCCUAGGAAAUAGAACAAGACUCCUGUCUCCACAAGAAAGAAAAAAAAAAUGGGCAAAGGAUUUGAAUAGAAAUUUACUGGCCAGGCGUUGUGGCUCAGGCCUGUAAUCCCAGCUCUUUGGGAGGCCGAGGCAGGUGGAUCACCUGAGGUCAGGAGUUCAAGACCAGCCUGAUCAACAUGGAAAAACCCCAUCUCUACUAAAAAUACAAAAAUUAGCUGGGCAUGGUGGUGGGCGCCUGUAACCCCAGCUAUUUGGGAGGCUGAGGUAGGAGAAUCUUGAAUCCAGAAGGCAGAGUUGCAGUGAGCUGAAAUUGUGCUCCAUCUUAAAAAAAAUUCUCAGAAAUAAAAAGCACAUGAAAAAAUAUUCAACAUCAUUAGUCAUUAGGAAAAUGCAAAUCAAAACCACAAUGAGAAACCCCUUUACAUCCGCAAGAGUGGGUAUAAUGAACGAAGUGUCGGCAAGGAUGUGGAAAAAUGGAAACAACUCUGUUCACUGCUGGUGGAAAUGUAAAAUAGUUAAUCACUGAGGAAAAUCAUUUGGUGGUUCCUCAAGAAGUUAAACAGAAUUACACUAUGAUCCAGCAAUUCCACUCCUAGGAUUAGACCCAAAAGAACUGGAAGCAGGUACUCAGAUACUUAGACAUGAAUGUUCAGCGCAGCACUAGUCACAAUAAAGGUAGAAACAGCCGGUCAUGAUGGUUCACUCCUGUAAUCCCAACACUUUGGGAGGUUGAAGCAGGAGGAUUGCUUGAAUCUAGGAGUUCAAGACCAUCUAGGCAACAUGGUGAGACACUUCCUCUACAAAAAAACAGAAAAAUCAGCUGGGCAUGGUGGCUCACACCUGUAAUCCCAGCACUUUGGGAGGCCAAGGCGGGCAGAUCACAAAGUCAACAGAUUGAGACCAUCCUGGCCAACAUGGUGAAACCCUAACUCUACUAAAAAAAAAAAAUUAUAUAUAUAUAUAUAUCUCCUAGCUGGGUAUAGUGGUGUGCACCUGUAGUCCCACCUACUCGAGAGGCUGAGGCAGGAAAAUCACUUGAGCCUGGGAAGCAGAGAUUGCAGUGAGCCAAGAUUGCGCCACUGCACUCCAGCCUGGUGACAGAGUGAGACUCCAUCUAAAAAUAAUAAUAAUAAUGGCCAGAGUAAGGUUCUAAUAGAGAAUAUUAUAUAAAAUAUGCUAAAAUGUCUAGGAGCAGUGGCUCACGUCUGUAAUCCCAGCACUUUGGGAGGCCGAGGCGGGUGGAUCACCUGAGAUCAAGAAUUUGAAACCAGCCUGGCCAACGUGAAACUCUGUCUCCACAAAAAAAAAUUAUAAUUUAAAAAAUGGAAAAAUAAGCAGAGUGUGGUGGCAUAUGUAUAUAGUCCCAACUACUCAGGAAGCUGAGAGGGAAGUUUGCCUGAGCCCAAGAGUACAAGACUGCUGUGAGCUAUAUCAUGCCACUGUAUGCCAGCUUGGGCCACAGAGCGAGACCCUAUCUGGAAGAAAAAGGUAGAAACAUCCCAAAUGUCCAGUGGGUGAAUAAACAAAUUGCAGUCAAUCUAUACAAUGGAAUACUACUCAGCCAUGAAAAGGAAUGCAGCACUGACUUAUGCUACAUGUGAAGGAACCCUGAAACCAUUAUGCUCAGUGUAAGAAGUCAGACAUAAAAGGUCACACAUUUUAUGAUUCCACCUAUAUGAAAUAUCCAGAAGAGGUAAACGUAUAAAAAUAAAAUGCAUAUGUAUAGUUGCAGGGGGCUGCGGGCUGAAGGCAUGGGGAGAAACUGUCUCAUAGGUACAGAGUUUUAUUUUGUAGUUAGGAGAAUGUUUUGGAGCUAACGUUGUAGGUGUACAACAUUGCAAAUGUACUAAAUGCCACUGAAUUGUUCACUUUAAAAUGGUUAAUGUGCUAUGCAAAUUUCAUCUUAAUAAAUGCAUGAGAAAGGGACUUGUAUAAAUCAA